UUCAACGAGAUGAUGUCCAAACACCAGCUCAAUGAGGCUCAACUCGCCCUCGUCAGAGACAUCCGCCGUCGGGGCAAGAACAAGGUUGCGGCACAGAACUGCCGCAAGAGAAAGCUGGAGAACAUUGUGGGCCUGGAGUACGAGCUGGACUCGCUGAAAGAGGAGAAGGAGCGUUUGAUGAAGAAGAAGAGCGAGCGUAGCUCCAGUCUGAGAGAGAUGAAGCAGCAGUUGAGUACCUUGUACCAAGAGGUCUUCAGUAUGCUUCGAGACGAGCACGGCAAGCCCUUCUCGCCCAGCGAAUACUCCCUUCAGCACACAGCGGACGGCACCGUUUUCCUCGUUCCUCGCCUUAAAAAGAUUCUUGUAAAGAACAACUAGCUUGGUUCCUUCUACUCUGUCCUUUCACACUUGCUUCUGUUUUUUGGUACUGCUUUUCUCUUGCUAACACGGUGUCCUAACCAGGCAUGACGCAAUGAAGCGACAAAGGCUCUUCCCACGUCAGUGCGUUUAUCCUGACCAGCCACAGAAUAAGGUGGUGGGAAGCGCCGCCCACAAUGAAAUCUCAUUGGUCCAAAAUCAGGCUGCAUGUAAUAGUACAUUAAGCAUCAUCAAAUAUGUUUCUAUUCCACACAGUUUAGUCACAUGAAGUGUUGACAAUAUCGCUAAAUCCAUCGCGACUGGUUAGGACACGGUGUAUGUUUUACGCAAAGGAAACAACUAAAUAGGAGCGUAUUUUUGCUUGUACAUCAACUGUUGAAAUGGCAGAACUAUUAUAUACGUUUUGCGUAUUCUACUUUCCUAAUAUUCUUAACCUCCGUUGGAUUUUGUACUCCUUUAUAUUUUCUCUGAGAUUCUUUUACCUAUAUGGUUUGUAAAUACAUUUAUACUUUAUUUGCUAUUGAGAUAGGAACAAAUGUACUAUGU